GAGUUAGCGUUCGUUCUUCUUCGUCAGUAUUCUUCGCGAUUAAUGAUAUUUUAAAUUAAAUAUAUGUACGUACAACAAAAUCAUUAAAAAUGAAAGUUUUCCUGGACGAAAUAGAAAUUUGUAAUUUUAAAUCUUUCAAAGGAAUUAGUAAAUUUGGAAAAUUAAAACCACUGAUUGGAAUGAUGGGUCCAAAUGGAGCAGGAAAGUCGAAUUUUAUUGAUGCAGUCGCGUUCUGCUUCAAUGAAAAUAUUAAAAAGUUACGAGUCCAUGAUCUCGAGCAUCUGGGAUUUGAAAAUCAGAUUUCACCAACGACCAGAUCAUAUGUGAGAUGUACACUUCUACUGAACAACGAUCCCAAGUCAUUUAAAAGAGAAAUAGCCAAUGGUUCAUCUGAAUAUUCCAUUGAUGACAUGGUAGUGGAAGAAGGCGAAUAUUUACAACAAUUAACUGAACUUGGUAUUAAUUUAGAAUCUAAAAGAGUAAUUAUGUAUCAAGAUGACGUCCAUGAAAUAGUUAAUUUAGAUCCAGAAGAAACGACAGAAUUAUUUGAAAAAAUAAGCGGGUCGUUUGAAUAUAAAAAAGACUACGAAGUUUUUAAAAAAAAACUUGAUCUGUGUAAACGCAAUGGAUUGGAAUUGUUUGAUAGAAAAAAAUUUCUGAUCAAGCAGCGAAAAGCCCUCAAAAUUUGGUUCGUGAAUCAAAUGGUUCAACUCGGUCUGCAAAAUGAAUAUGUUGAAUUUUCAGUUAAACAUAUUCUCAUAAAUUUGUAUCUUUUGGAGACGGAAAAAAAAACUGUACAAGAAGAUAUUUUGAAGCUCAUGGCUGAGAGCGUGGAAGCACAAAAAAAUAUAGAGAAACGUCAAGAAGAACUUGAGAUGUUACAGGACACUUUAGUUACCGCGGAUAAAAAUUUAGAUGAAUUUCAAAUUGCAAUGUCAGAAAAAUUGAUGGAAUGUCAGAAAGCGAAAGCUGUACACGACCGCAUCAAAAGAGAGAUUGCGACUUUCGAAAAAAAAUUAGUUACAGCUAAGGAGACUCUUGCGAAAGCUGUGCAAGCAGACAAAGUGCGCAUGAACGAGAUAAAAAAAUUAGAAGAAGCUUUAGAACUUGCGAGCAAUGAAUGGCAACGGUACCGCGAUCUCUUGUCUCAAGAUCAAGCAAAUGCUGAGCAAAUAAAACAACAGGAACAAGAGUAUCAGCGUUUAAAAACAAUUGUAUUGGAGGAAACAACAGCAAUUGUUAGACAAUUAGACUCGAUAGAACUUUCAAGCGGAAAAUAUUCUUACCGCAUCGAAAAUGCUGAACGUCAGUUAAAAGACAUUGACGUUCAAAUAACGUCGGCUACUAAUUCACUUACAAGCAUCGACAAUGAAAAGGAUAAAAUUAAAGAAAAACUUGAACACGUCAACAAAGAACUCAAAAAGUCGAGCGACGACUUGAAUAAAAAACAACGAGACAUAGCAUCAGCUAAAGAGAAGAAACAAAAAUUUGAGGAAGAACUUGAAAAAGUCACAAACGAUUUGCGUUCUUAUAAAUUAAAUAAAAUGCAAGCGCGUAUCAAAGAAACUGAGGAAGAAAAUUUGUCGAUUUUACAGAGAAGAGUCAAAGGAGUGCAUGGCCGCAUGCAUGAUCUCUGCAAGCCGAUUCACCCGCGAUACAAUAUCGCAAUGACGAAAGUUUUCGGUAUGUUCUUCUCUGCAAUUGUCGUUGAUUCUACAGAAGUUGCGGCUCAGUGCAUGCACGAGUCAAAAACUUUAGGCUUAUCGUUUGAAAGAUUUUUGCCUCUUGAUGACCAUCUUAAAAUCGCGGCUUUACAAAGUCGUCGAAGAGAUUCUUAUUACGAUGACGUAAAAAAUGUAAAACUGCUGUUUGACGUAAUUAACUUCCCACCGGAAAUAAGUCGCGCAGUUUUGUUCGUCACAAACAAUACACUAGUUUGCGAAACAUCAAAAGACGCAAAUCAUAUCGCGUAUAAUUUAAAUUCUGGAGAGAAGCAUGACUGCGUUUCUUUAGACGGGACAUUUUAUAAAAAAACUGGAUCGUUUUCUGGUGGUAAAGCUUCGAUCGGUGAAAAAGCUAAACUGCUUGAUGCUGAAUCAACAGAUAAACUAGUAGAGCGAAAAAGUACUAUUUUGAAUCGUCUGAAAGAUUUAAAAACGACAAUAAAUAAAGAAUCAGAAUUAGAAUCGUAUAAAUUAAAAAUAAAAACACUUAUUUGGCAACAAAAAUACUUGGAAAAUAUUUUAAACACAAAAAAUCAAGAACGCGAGGACACAGAGAAACUAAUUGAAAAAUUAGGAAACGACAAAGAAGAGAUACAGAGUCAAUUAAAUGAAUUUAAAAAUCGCCUUAAAGAAUUUGACGAGCCAAUUAAAGAGCUCAAAGAUCGUCUUGUUCCAAUUGAAAAUAAAGUGUAUCAGCCUUUUUGCGAACAGCUUAAAAUUAACAAUAUUAAAGAAUUUGAAAUUCAAAUGCAACGUCGUACAGAAACUCACUCCAAAUUAUUAAAACUCAAUGAACAAGUAGAGCGAAUAAAAAGUUGCAUUGAGUAUGAGCGAGAAAAGAAUACCGAAGAUAAUGUGAAGCGAUGGAGAGACAAUGUUAAUAAAUUAGAAAAUGAUUUGGCUGAUAAGAAAAAAAAUGAGGAGGAGUUCAAAGAUAAGGUCGCUGUGUUGAAUGAAGAGUUAAAGUCAUGUCAAGAAAAACUUGAUGCUAUGCUACAGGACCAGGAAACCAGAAAGAAAGAAAUUAAAAGCAUUGAAAAUAUUAUUGUUAGAGAAGAAAAAAGAAAUGUCGUGCUAACGUCUGAUCUUGCUAAUUUGGGUGAUAAAGCUCUGAAAUUAAGCGCUGAGUAUCAUGAAUUGAUUUUCAAAGCAAAGAAUGAAGAUAUUCAGUUGCCGCUGCUUGAAGACUCACUUCCUUUAGAGUCCGUUUACGAAUUAUUUGAGUCGGUAGAAUAUGAAGACCGCGAUUCUCAAGAAUUUUUAAAUUUAUAUGAAAUGGAGCAUCAUUUAAAAUUUAAUUACCAAUGUCUAGAAAGAGAUUUAAAUAAUGAUGGUGAUUACAGUGAGCUUCGUUUGAUUUAUGCUGAUAAGCUUGAAGAUUUGAGUAAAAAAAUAACCAAGAAGACUUCGAGUUAUAGGACGGAAGCUGAGAUGGAUCAGGUUAAUAAUGAGUUGCAGGAACUUGCAGUCAAGAUAAAAAGAAGCCAAGACGACACUAAAAAAUGGACGAAAAAAUUUGAUCAAGUCAAACAACAAAGGAUUGACACAUUCAUGAAUUUCUUUCGAUCAACUUCCUACAAAGUUGCGGAAAUUUAUAAAAAAUUAUCAGAUGGUGCUUCAGCUGAAGCAUUAUUACUUCCCAUGAAUUUGGAAGAGCCUUACUUAGAUGGCAUUCGAUAUGAUUACGUACCGCCUCUGAAACAAUUUAAUGGUCGCGUCGAACCAUCAGGAGGAGAGACGACAGUUGCCGCAUUGGCUUUAAUGUUCGCAAUCUACAGCGACAACUCAGUACCAUUUUUACUACUCGACGAAAUCGACGCAGACUUGGACCGUGAAAAUGUCGAUAAUACAAUCAAUUAUCUACUAAAAACCAAAUCCAGUAAACAAAUAUUAUUUAUAUCGCACAAUUUGAGAGCUCUCAGCGAAUUUGAUAAAAUUUUUGGGCUUUAUCUUUCGACAGAGCCAAAUAAUUCUCAGCAGACUAAAAAAAUAAUAAUCGAUUUAAGUUUUUAUGCACAAGAACAAAACCAGUGAAUUUAUAUUUUUACUUUUUUACAUUUACGUAGAAAAUUUACGUACUACUUUUUUAAAAAUCAAUUUUCCAUUUAAUGGAAUUUUUUAUAUUUAAAUUUACUUAUUAUUUAGUCACUUUUUUAUUUUAUUAACUUGCGUUAUUUUUAAUCAUUGAA